AGGAUAGGAAGGCUGGGAGGGAAACUCACAAUCUUCACAAUGCCACCAUGCAGGAUGAGGAUUCCUUUAUCCCAUACGGAGCAGAAGAUCUUGAGCAGUGUGCAUUUGUUGCAGAUUCUUUUUGUGAUCAACUUUUGCCACGGACCACACAGAUUUUAUUGGAAUAUAACUCUGGAAAAUGGGUGCCACGACUUCGUGAACCACGAGAUUUAUAUGGCCUUUCUUCUGCAGGAGAUCUGCACUUAGUACGCUGGCCACAUCAGUAUGAAGUUAUCAGAGAAAAAAUUAAGCAUAUUGAAUGGAUUCCAUCUCAUCCGGAGCCUCUCUAUAAUCCCACAGGUUUAGAGAUCGAGCCUCCAUGUCCAGAUCCAGGGGAAGGUGCUGUCGUGUAUUUAUCAGAUGAAGCCAAUAAGGACCCCAACUUUAGAUAUUCUCGAAUAGGGGGAAGUUUCCCUUCAAAGCAAGUGCUUCCUCAAACAUGGAAUGACUGGGAUAAUACUUUGAUCUUUGAAGCACGAUUUGAAAGUGGAAAUCUGCAAAAAGUGGUCAAAAUUAAUGAUUUUGAAUACCAGUUGACACUGCGUACUGAUCUCUACACAAAUAAGCACACCCAAUGGUACUACUUCCAGGUUACCAACACCCAAGCAGGAAUGCCUUACCGAUUCACCAUUGUCAACUUCACCAAGCCAACAAGCUUGUACAAUCGUGGCAUGCGCCCAUUAUUAUAUUCAGAAGCAGAAGCAAAGAUCCACAAGGUGGGGUGGCAAAGGACAGGAGAUCAAAUCAAGUACUAUAAAAACAAUUUCAGCAAUGAUGGGCACCAAUAUUUUUCCUUGACAUGGACUUUCCAGUUUCCACAUGACAGGGAUACUUGCUAUUUUGCCCACUGCUAUCCAUACACUUACAGCAACCUGCAAGACUACUUGUCAGCCAUCGCCAGAGACCCAAGGCGCUCAAAAUUCUGCAAAAUCCGUAUAUUAUGUCAUUCUCUGGCUAGGAAUAUAGUCUAUGUUUUAACUAUUACCAAUCCCUUGAAAGAUUUUAAUAGGGAAAAAUGCAAGUCAGCAGUCAUUUUGACAGCAAGGGUGCAUCCUGGUGAAACAAACAGUUCAUGGAUGAUGAAGGGCUUUCUGGAUUACCUUCUGGGGGAUUCAGAUAAUGCGCAAUUGCUCCGAGACACUUUUAUUUUUAAAGUGGUACCGAUGUUGAAUCCAGAUGGUGUGAUUGUGGGCAAUUAUCGCUGCUCUUUAGCCGGCAAGGACUUGAAUCGCAAUUAUAGAUCAGAACUUAAAGAAUCUUUCCCUUCUAUUUGGUAUACCCGCAGCAUGAUCAAAAGAAUAAUGGAAGAACGAAAUGUUCUUCUAUACUGUGACCUUCAUGGUCAUAGCAGGAAAGAAAAUGUCUUCAUGUAUGGCUGUGAAAAAAAAGAACAAGAUGAAAGGGCAUGCGUACUCCAGCGCAUUUUUCCUUUCCUCAUGAGCAAAAAUUGUCCAGAUAAAUUCUCAUUCCAAGAUUGCAAUUUUAAAAUGCAGAAAGGCAAAGAAGGAACAGGUCGAGUAGUUGUGUGGAAAAUGGGCGUCAACAACAGCUAUACCUUGGAAGUAACCUUCUGUGGCUCUAAACUGGGAAAUAGAAAUGCUACCCACUUCAGUGCUAAAGAUUUGGAGUCCAUUGGAUACAAUUUCUGUGAUUCAUUAUUGGCAUUUUGUACUGAAAAGAAGAGCAAGUACAAUGAAUGCCUGAAAGAAUUGGAGGAACUAGUAAAACAGGAUGAUCCAGCUGCCUCUCUCAAUGAUAUAGGAGACAGAGGAGAUUCUAGUUCAGACAGUUCGGACUCUAAUGAGUUUACUGAUAAAACAGAAGGCCAGACAAAAUCAAAGAAAAAAUAUUUGAAAGUAAAGAAGGAAAGAAGCUUUGUUUUGGAAUCCUCAGGAAGAAGAUAUUCUAAACAUUUACAUGAACCAGUGAAUGAAUCCAAAAAACCAGAAGACCUUUCUCACAGAGUUUCCAAGACUCAAGAACAAAUAAUUAAAAAUGCCCAGGUUUUUCAAAAAUUAAAACUGAUGGAAUUACAAAACAUUGAAAGAGAAAAAUAUGAAAUUACCAAGAAUGUAGAGAGUUUUUCUAGAACAACAAAUGCAAAAAAGAUGCUAUACCGAAUGUGCCAAGUAAAUAUACUCUUCAGUAUCUGAGUCAUUAUUUCCCUGAGCAAGGAUUAAAUUUGGGAUGGGACCUAACCCACCCUUUUAAGCACGUUGUUUCCCAGAGACUUUUUCUACCUCCCACUGCCCAUAACCAAAUGUGCAAUACACCAAGGAAAAAUAGUGCACUUCUGGGUUGCCGAUUUCCUAGAGUGGAAAAUGUGAAGAAGGAAGUAAGCGUCCAUCAAAAAACAUCACUCAUACAAAUGGACAGUCACCCAAGCUCUUUAUAUCUGUCUCAGCCAGAAGAAGAAAAUCACUCUGAAGGGGGCUGUGUCACGCUACAGUUGGAAGAAAAAGAACUACAAAAUAUUGCCCUAGCUCAAGAAAUCCAUUUAAAUGCUCCAUAUAACAAACCUGUAGUCUGGAGAUUAGAAAAGUAUCAAACUGGAAAGACCAAUAGUUGCAGAGAGAAGACAUCUCCAGGAAUCAAAGGUUUCCUCGAGGCACAAAAAAGUAUUUUACCUGGAAGCAAAGAGAAAGUAAAGGAAUUGUCACCAGCAAGGAAUGCUAAAACUAACAAAAUUGGUGGAGGGAACUGUGAAGGUGGUCUUAAACUGAACAGGUCUUCCAUUAAUCAAGAUUUACUGCUCUCCCUUCCUUUGAUGUCUGAGGAAAAGUACAGUCAACCCACUGAAAAAUAUUUGAGGAGUGAACGACAUCUAAAAUCCUUGGGCCGACACCGACCACGCCUGGCUACUUUACUGACUACAAAAGGGUCCAACAAAACAAUUUUAGUGAAACAUUCUGAAGAGGAUGAAACAUCCAGCCCUCUACUACAAAGCAGGCCAAAAAUGCCACCAAGAAACCUGCUUUGCCAGAGUGAAAACAAAUUUUUUCCUAAGAGAUGUAAAAGUGACAGACCUUCAGUGCAAGAUCUUCCAAACACAACUGAGAGGAUUUCUUUUCAUGCGUAACACGAGAUGCCAUUUCUUUUGUACUGUUUCAGACGACCCAGCAGUGAUAUCAUCUGAGCAUACUGCUUUACCUCUUUAGACAUCAUAUUGGGAAGAUGUUGCAUGCAGAGCAGUUGCACUUUCAUAAGAUUGAAAUAUUGAAUACAAACUAGCUGUCAUCUGGGAGGAAGGUGGC